AUGCGCCUCUAUCUGCUCCCAAUCUCGACUAGGCGCACCCUGCUAUACUGCCAGAAGCUCAACGCGCCGACAACAGAGAGGCCGACCUGGGGCGAUUGGAUCCAGUCAAAGGCCUCCCGCACCUGGGCCGGGUGGGAGAAGAAGGAAAGGGGCUGGCAAAAGUCGGUUGUCAACUACGGCAAUUAUGCCUUCCGCCGCAUCCCAUACGAGGAAUGGGGCCUGAAGUCUGUGCCGCCCCUGUCGCAGCGCCGGAGGGUCGUGGAGCGAAAUGGCUCGGAAAAGAUUGAGGUCGUGUACCCAAAGAGCCUGCUGGCCAUGGACAAGGUGCCCGGCAUCCUCGAGACGCUGGCUACCGAGAGACAAUCGCUCCACAAACGGAGGUUGAUCUGGUGCCUCGUUGGCAUGCCCAUCACCGCACCCAUUGCGCUGAUUCCAGUGAUACCCAACCUCCCCUUCUUCUACUUGGUCUAUCGCGCCUGGUCACAUUGGAGGGCCCUGGCUGGCGGCAAACACGUGCAGUUCCUCGUCCAGCAGAGUCUUUUGUCCCUCACCCCUUCCCCCGUCGUCGACGAGGUGUAUGCCGCCCAGAAGCUUCCUCUACCCUCUACCCCACAGCCCACGACUGACGCUAUCGUCAGCCGAGUCGAAAGUUUUGAUCCAUCCUCAGAAGAAAGACACCAACACCCAGAAGGAGAAACAAUGCUUUUGUCGCAAGCCAACGGUAAGAAGAUGACCCAGGCUCUGGAUCUCCCCCAGCUCGAGGUCGAGCUUGAGAGGGCUAUCUGGCAGGUAGAGACGGCCAUCAAGAAGCAGAACGCAGCGCUCGCUCAGGCAGAUUCCGGGCCGGCAUCCGCAAAAGGGGCCUCGGAAUCCGACACGGCGCCAAAAGAGGAGGGUAAAAAGUCGCAAUAA